CAACCCUCCCCAGAUCUCCUCCCCCAGGCCUGGUCUCCUCACAGGACGCCCCCUCCCCGCUCUUCCUGCCGGGUUUCCUCUUGCCUUUUCCUGUCCCCCACCCAGUGCUGGGAGCCGUGGCAGAGGCAAGAGCAGUGGAACUGACCCAGGCCAGUGGAGCCAGGGCCUCCGGGUGUGCCGGACCCGAAGCAGGGGCCAUGCUAUCUGGUGAACGGAAGGAGGGCGGAAGCCCCCGCUUCGGGAAGCUUCAUCUCCCCGUGGGCCUGUGGAUCAAUUCCCCCAGGAAGCAGCUGGCGAAGCUGGGGCGGCGCUGGCCCAGCGCAGCCUCUGUCAAGUCUUCUUCGUCGGACACGGGGAGCCGUAGCAGCGAGCCGCUACCUCCACCCCCGCCGCACGUGGAGCUGCGGCGAGUGGGCGCUGUCAAGGCGGCCGGGGGAGCCUCCGGUAGUCGCGCCAAGCGCAUCUCCCAGCUUUUCCGGGGCUCGGGGCAUUCCGCCCGUGAGCUGGAGCUGGGCCACCUGCCGCGACUGCUGGGUCGCCUGGCCCGGCUCAUCAAGGAGGCCGUCUGGGAAAAGAUUAAGGAAAUUGGAGACCGUCAGCCAGAAAACCACCCUGAGGGGGUCCCCGAGGUGCCCCUGACUCCUGAAGCUGUGUCUGUGGAGCUGCGGCCACUCAUGCUGUGGAUGGCCAAUACCACGGAGCUGCUUAGCUUUGUGCAGGAGAAGGUGCUGGAAAUGGAGAAGGAGGCUGACCAAGAGGACCCACAGCUCUGCAAUGACUUGGAAUUAUGUGAUGAGGCCAUGGCCCUCCUGGAUGAGGUCAUCAUGUGUACCUUCCAGCAGUCUGUCUACUACCUCACCAAGACUCUGUAUUCAACUCUGCCUGCUCUCCUGGAUAGUAACCCUUUCACAGCUGGGGCAGAGCUGCCGGGGCCUGGCGCGGAGCUGGAGGCCAUGCCUCCAGGGUUGAGACCUACCCUGGGCGUGUUCCAGGCCGCCUUGGAGCUGACCAGCCAGUGCGAGCUGCACCCUGACCUCGUGUCUCAGACUUUUGGCUACUUGUUCUUCUUCUCCAAUGCAUCCCUUCUCAACUCGCUGAUGGAACGAGGUCAAGGCCGGCCUUUCUAUCAGUGGUCCCGAGCUGUUCAAAUCCGAACCAACCUGGACCUUGUCUUGGACUGGCUACAGGGAGCUGGGCUGGGCGACAUUGCCACUGAGUUCUUCCGGAAACUCUCCAUGGCUGUGAACCUGCUCUGUGUGCCCCGCACUUCCCUGCUCAAGGCUUCAUGGAGCAGCCUAAGAAUGGACCACCCCACCUUGACCCCCGCCCAGCUGCACCAUCUGCUCAGCCACUACCAGCUGGGCCCUGGCCUCCAGCCGCCAGCCGCAUGGGACCCUCCCCCUGCAGAGCGGGAGGCUGUGGACACAGGUGACAUCUUCGAAAGCUUCUCCUCGCACCCGCCCCUCAUCCUGCCCCUGGGGAGCUCGCGCCUGCGCCUCACUGGUCCAGUGACGAACGACGCCUUGCACCGUGAACUCCGCAGGCUACGCCGCCUCCUCUGGGAUCUUGAGCAGCAGGAGCUACCAGCCAAUUAUCGCCAUGGGCCUCCCGUGGCCGCGUCUCCAUGAGAACCAAUACCAAACGACAGCGCGCACCUUGAAAUGUCGCGGGCUUCCACUGACAGGAGCCCGCCUGGGCGCAGAGCUUUAUGGGCGUUGUAGUUCUUAUCGCGCGUGGAAUGUUGGGAGAUUGAGUUUUCGGGAAGUAGCGGAUGGGACGGUGGGAGCAUGGGCUUAGGAUGUGAAUGCCAAGGACAAAUAAAGGUAUCUGUGGUAUUGGCA